GGUUCCUGUUAGCCACGCACAGCCAACCAGAACAGAUCGCGUUUACACUACAAGGCAGAAAAAGAACCCUCUGGCACCGGAUAACUCGCCGAACCGUUCGACCAGCUCACUGUAACCCACCCGGACCACGACACCGGCUUCCCCUCGGGAUCAGACACCAUGGUCCCGCUGCGGAUGUUCGCGCUCAUCGGACAGUGUUUACAAAGUGCGCAGCUGGUUUCGUGUCGGUAGCUAACGCUAGCUGCUGCCCCGAGAGAGACGGGCUGCUUUUAAUAAGCUCAAGAAGACUCGGCACCAUGAAUCUGAUCCGCUUGGUGUGUCGCCAUAAGACGGCUCUCGUCAUUGGGACGGUGUCCAGUUUUGCUGCAGUCCUUGUUUUCUUGGCCAAAUGUACGUCAGAAACCCUGAAGCAGGGUCAUCCGGAUCCUCCGGGCUUAGCCCCCCACACCAAGGGUUUGCACUUUCAUCCAAACCAGCACAAUCCUGCGCCUGCGUCCAAAGAUUUGUCCGCUUUCCUUGUGGUUCUCAUCACAACGGGACCCAAGUACACGGAGCGCAGGAGCAUCAUCCGCAGCACCUGGCUUGCCAAGCGGGAUUCUGAUGUUUUGGCCAUGUUUGUGGUUGGAACUCAAGGGUUAUCGAGCGAGGACCUUCAGAAUUUGAACACGGAGCAAGGGCGACACAAGGACUUGCUGCUGCUGCCUGAUUUACGUGAUUCUUAUGAGAACUUGACACUGAAGCUGCUGCACAUGUACUCCUGGUUGGACCAGAAUGUGGACUUCAAGUUUGUCUUCAAAGCAGACGAUGACACGUUUGUGCGCUUGGACCUCCUCAAAGAGGAGCUGAAGGGGAAGGAACCCAGCAGGUUGUACUGGGGCUUCUUCUCAGGUAGAGGCCGCGUAAAAACAGCUGGCAAGUGGCGAGAAAGCUCCUGGGAGCUCUGUGACUACUACCUACCGUACGCGCUGGGCGGCGGCUACGUGCUCUCAGCUGACCUGGUACGUUACGUGCAUCUCAACGCGGGCUACUUGAAGACGUGGCAGAGCGAGGACGUGUCCCUGGGUGCCUGGCUGGCACCGGUGGACGUUCGGCGGACACACGAUCCACGCUUUGACACGGAGUAUAAAUCGCGCGGCUGCAACAACAAAUACUUGGUGACGCACAAGCAGAGCUUGGAGGACAUGUUGGAGAAACAUCAGACUCUGCAGCGGGACGGCAGGCUCUGCAAGGAGGAGGUCAAGCUGCGAUUGUCUUACAUCUAUGACUGGAGCGUACCACCAUCGCAGUGCUGCCAAAGAAAAGAUGGGAUUCCUUAGCCGCU